CGAAGUCCAAUUGUCAUCUACAAACUACGCACAAGUCAUAUUUCUCAGUCACUAUCGCGUAAUUUGAGAUGUCACAGAAUACGCCACCCACAGUACAGGAGCUGCGCCUGGGCACCCGCAAUUCCAAACUGGCAUUAGUACAAGCAGAGCAUGUCUCCAAGGAAUUGACCCGUGCUCACCCCGUUGUCCAGUUUCCCUGGCAAACCGUGGUGGUGCGCGGCGAUGCUGAUAAGAGCAGUCCUUUCUUGAAGUUUGCAGGGCCAUCUGAUGCAGCAAAGAACAUUUGGACCGAAGAAAUGGAAACCAAGCUGUGCGCAGGAGAGUUGGACCUCCUCGUGCAUUGCCUCAAAGAUAUGCCGACGCGCCUACCAGAGAACUGCACACUGGGUGCUAUUGUUUAUCGGGAGGAUCCCACUGAUGCGUUGGUGAUGAAGGAGGGGCUGCGGUCGCAGUAUACGGAUUUGAGUCAAUUGCCCCCCGGCUCCGUGGUGGGCACUAGUUCCACUAGACGGAAAGCCCUACUUCGAUACAGAUACCCACACUUGAAAGUGGAGGAAUGCCGUGGCAAUCUCGGAACGCGACUGAGAAAGCUAGAUGACCCAGAAGGUCCAUUUUCGGCAAUCAUCCUGGCCACGGCCGGUAUGGUCCGCAUUAAUCUAGAAGACCGCAUCACUAAGCGCUUGCCUCCAUCGGAAUUCCCGUAUGCUGUCGGUCAGGGCGCCUUGGGGAUUGAAAUCCGCAAGCAGGAUACCCAGACAGAGACCAUGGUUCGCAAAAUUGAAGAUCUACUUACCCGACGGAUCUGUCUGGCAGAGCGCUCACUACUGCGCACUCUUCAGGGUGGCUGUUCGUCUCCGGUUGCAGUACAAUGCACUGUUGAGCAGCCACCGACAGCUUCCUCGGCAGCUCGAUUGCGACUAGAUGGUACUAUUAUUCAUCCCCAUGGGACAACAUUGCUAUCCGAACGGACGACAGCGGAAGUGGGAACGGAUGAGGAUGCUGAGGCGCUGGGUGCUACAGUGGCUCAGCUUUUGUUAGCAAAUGGCGGGCAAGCUUUGUUGGAAGAAAUUCGGUUGCUACAAGAGACGAUUACGACCGACGCGAAAUAGUGGAGGACCUGAAAAUGUACCACUAACUAAUAGAAUCAAUCCCCACUCCAUAUAAAUUGCUACGGCUGCUUACUUUCACGCUAUCUAUUACCCAUGCUCUAGCUGUCAGUGGGAGGGUCCUACCUACGGAACGGUACCCUUGGAGGCUCAGAAUAGCAUCAAUUUAAGACUAUUGGGCAUCGUCUUGCUCUCAUGGGCCAUCAAGGAGCUCAUAGGCAUGUCACGAUAAAACUCAAAUACAUAGUCGAUAAGUACCGGAAGAAUGGCACACCAGUGGAUGCAUUUUCCGACUACCUUGAACACGCAACAUAGGGUGUUUUGCUUAGUUCCUG